AUGAGAGAUUUCCAUAUUAAUGAACAUCGAGUAGAUGAUAUAUGGCAAGAUCGAGAACGCCAGCAACAAAUAAUACAAAGUACCAUUUCUACUGAAAUAUUACCUAUAUCUACACUAGUCUCAUUAACUUCAUCUGAAAAUUUUAACCAAAUCAGAAGAAAGACUUUAUAUCCAGAAUCUACUACUCUUCUUAAUACAGAAAUAAAAAAAAGAAAUUCCAAAUCUCAGUCUAAAUCAGUUCAAAUAUCUGAUCCAAUAUCUAUUAAUAACUCUAAUAUAGUAACAUCUACACUUAAUGAGACAGAAAAAAUAAGUAGCAAGGAUCUGGUUGUAUUAAAAGAAAAAGAAGCCAGAAGAGAUGAGAAAAAUAAAGCAAAAAUGACUCACCUAUUAGCUACUGGAGGAGAUAUAUUUAAGUAA